UCUAGCUGUGGACAAGGAGACGUCAAGCGAAGUGCUUUCUUAACAGCUCGUAGUUGGCCAACAGAGAUUUCAUGGAUCAAGAAAGUCAUUUGCAUCCAGGAGAUGAUGGGGAACCGUCGGUAGUCAUUGGCCAGAUGCUACUGAAGCUCCAGGAUGCCGUCGUUGUGGCGAUUUCACAUACCCGUCAGAGAGUUAUACAGGGCUUUAUUGUGUUUUCCGUUGUCCUCCUGCUCCUCAGUAUCGCUACCUUUUUAUACGGAAGCUUCUACUACUCUUUCAUGCCCAAGGCGGCUUUUUCCACACCUGUGCACUAUUAUUACAGGACAGACUGUGAAUCUCCUGCCUCUUUAUUGUGCUCUUAUCCAGUGGCCAACAUAUCUCUGAUGAGGAACAAGAAGCAUGUGCUGACAUUUGGCCAGACAUAUCGGAUGUCCCUGCAGCUGGAGAUGCCUGAAUCUCAGGCCAAUCAGGAGCUGGGGAUGUUCAUGGUCAAGAUAGGUUGUUUCUCUCAGGAAGGAGGGCAAGUUGCCUCCUCUUCCCGCUCUGCAGGACAACUGCUGUCCGCCUCCAGCUCUCGCUUUAGCAUGCUGCGAUACCAUUCAGACCUGCUGGGGUCCCUGAGAACUCUACUGCUCCUCCCGGCCUUUCUGAGUGGAGCCGCCGAGCAGAAACAAGUCCUGGAGGUGGAGCUCUUCUCAGACUACACAGAAGACCCCUAUGCCCCCUCGUCCACCGCUGUCAUUGAGAUCCUGUCCAAAAAGGUGCAGAUUUACUCAUCUCAGCUCUACAUUCAUGCUCACUUCACUGGUAUACGACACUUUAUGUUUAACUUCCCCAUCCUAUCGGCCUUGGUAGGCGUGUCCAGUAACUUCAUCUUCCUGAGUCUCGUCUUCAUCCUCAGCUACUUGAGGUUGCUGGUGGGAGUGAACUUAGAACCAGAGCAGCUCAGAGAAGAUGGAGUGCUGUCAGACAGGGAAAAGGACACGAGCAACAAGCAGCAAGAGGACGAAAAAGAUGCUGCUGCUGGUCCUGCAGAGCUGUUGGGUCCUCUCCAGACAGCCCCCACAGAUCCAAGCCAGGGGAUGCUCCAUUUCCGCUCUGGUGACAGAACAGACAUGGUCAGAGUGAAAUAAAUGAAACAGAGGCAGCCUGGGGCCGUUAGCUAAGGAGAGUGAGAAAGUGUAUAGAGAGCCAGCUUGACAGCAAAGAUGAAGAUUUAAAAGAGAUGUGUGGUUGAAAAUAACUCAGAAAGCACUCAUACACCCCCACAAAUAUCCUGUGUGAUGAUCUGAGCCGCUCUGUUUGAGCUGUGGCUCUUUUUGCUCUGACAUUAUGUCCUCUGUGUCUCACACUGGUGUUUCAGCUCUAAUGUAAAAGACCCUGUGAUUUAUGGGACUGACACAUCUGAAUCUGUCAUUAUCAGUGCCUUUUUAUUACUUUUAUCACUUAAAUAUAUACAAAAUUAUGAAAUAAAUAUGCAUAUUAAUACAUUUUCAAAACAAAAUAUGUAACUUAACUGUGAAAUUCUGAAAUAAUAAUACAUUUGUUAAACAGGUAAUUAUCAUGAACUGUUUUCAUCCUGCUUCUUUUCACACUGUUUUUUUUGCAGGUCAUUUUUGUUUCAUUCCAUCGGAUUUUAUUUCAAGAACAAAUUUUCUCAAGUUCUGUUUCACAAUGCAGUGUCCAUUUUAUUUCAUAAUGUCCCUUCUUUUUUUGUCAAACAGAGCAGAGCCACUUACGUGACUGACUCUUGUUCCAGUCUAAAUGAGUGCGGAGCCAAACUGUCACAGUCUCGAUUGAGAGACAAGGACUUUGUGAUGAAAACUUGUAUUAUGAAAUGAAACACUCAACGGAGGAAAUUAGUAUUGCGAAAUAAAAACUUUUGGAAUUAACAUGUAAAAAAUGACCAAUUUAAUAAGUAUUUAAAUUUCAUGGUUUAUAUCUGUACACAUGGACAUUUAUUUUAAAGUCACUCUUUUCUUCUCUGUAAUAUUUUAUAACACUUAACACUUUGGGGCAAGGACAUGCACAAAUAUAUAUUAAAAUGCUAAACACUGACCUCUCUUCUUUCAGCUUUGAAAUGUAAGACUGUGAAACUGUUUCUUUUGCAAAUUAUAACUACUAUGCCAGUUGUAUGUUACUUUACCAAUCUGUUAAACUGUUUGUUAAUUGAGAAAAGUCUAAUAUUAUAAUUAAAGCAUUUGAGGCAACCUGUGCACCCAUUUAUACUGCACAAAAUAUCUGAAAUUGAUUGAGUUUUAAGCCAAAAUGUAUAUUACUUGGCUGCAUAUCCACUCUAACAUACACUCUGGUUACCUGCUCCAAUAAAACCUUUUAAAAUGGUU